UAGAAUUGGCGUCUAGAGAGCCCGAUCAAAUAAACGCGUCUAACAUCACAUCAAACCUCAGGGGCCUUGGAAUCGCGAAACUCAGAUCUGGAAUGGCGGCGGUGACACCAUUAGCAAAGUACAAGCUCGUAUUCCUCGGAGAUCAAUCCGUGGGAAAGACCAGCAUCAUCACUCGCUUCAUGUACGACAAAUUCGACACCACUUAUCAGGCAACAAUUGGGAUUGAUUUUUUGUCAAAGACAAUGUACAUGGAGGAUAGGACUCUUCGUCUCCAGCUAUGGGAUACUGCUGGACAGGAGAGGUUUCGAAGUCUGAUACCGAGUUAUAUCAGAGAUUCUUCUGUUGCUGUUAUUGUCUAUGAUGUUGCAAAUAGGCAGUCAUUCUUGAACACCUCCAAGUGGAUUGAGGAUGUUCGUACAGAGAGAGGUAGCGAUGUCAUCAUUGUUCUCGUGGGUAACAAGACAGAUCUCGUUGACAAGAGGCAAGUGUCGAUAGAGGAAGGGGAUAACAAAGCUCGUGACUUUGGAGUAAUAUUCAUUGAGACGAGUGCAAAGGCAGGAUUUAACAUCAAGCCACUCUUCCGCAAGAUUUCAGCAGCAUUACCAGGAAUGGACACACUUUCAACGAGACAAGGUGAUAUGGUUGAUGUCAACCUAAGGUCAUCGACCAAUGCGUCUCAAGGGGAGCAACAAGGAGGUGGCUGUUCGUGUUAAAUUCAAUUUUAAUAUACUUUUUAACAGCAACAGAGUAGACAGAUUUUUAAAAGAAAGGAUUCAUAACCUGAUGGGAUAAAUAAAUUCUGGUAUAAGAAAAGAGAUUUUUACUUGAGAAACUCUUACUAUUCUUUAAAUGUUUUUUCAAUAUCGAGCUGUGUAAUAAUGAUGCUUAAAAAAUUUGAGAAGAAUUGCUCUGUUUCGAUUGCUCAA